ACACAUAAAGGCAGACAUAACUUGGAAUGAUGAUGAACCCACAUAGACAAAGUCAAGUGUGCCAAGUGAAGUGAGUCAGCUUUACAAGGUGUGCCCGGGGGAGGGUCACUGAUGAGACAGCUGCUGUCCCAGCCAUUAACAGUCCUUGCCGUGCCGCCAACCGUGGGUGUGCUGGAGGGGCACAAUGGGUCAGAACAACAGCAGCAAUCCCCUGCGGGAGAACCUGGAGUCGCUCCACAACCAGAUGAUGAAGCAUGCAGGAGCAGACUAUGACAUUGCCACCACAACCACACUCACCUAUGACCAGUUCCUCACCUACAUUACACAGCUCAACCAAAUAUGCCGUGAGUACAAAGACAGUGAAGGCCAUAUGCUGGUCUUUGCUGUCAAGAAAGGGACUGACUCCACUGUCUUCUGGAAGGCCACAGUCCGCAUUGCUUGUGUUAAGCUCAACACCACUACCAAUAAGGUUCAGUCAUACCGCCUCCUCAACAUUCGCCAAUUCCUUCAGGUGUUCCGGCGGGUGACCUACGAAUGUACCGGGGGAACAUUGGGCAGCAUUGAUGGAGUACUAGGGACUGAUCAUGCAGAUGACAGUAGCUCGGUGGAACAGGGGUCAGUGGUGCCUAUCCCUCCCACUAUGGCUGCCUCAAUGGUGCUGGGAGGCAUGCAAGAGGUGACUCAGGCCACUUCAACAGCCGCCUCCAGCAGCCAGGAGAUGGAGAGCCCAGGGGCAGUUGGUGGCUGGGACGUCAACCUGAGCGAGUGCAUGAUCUGUCUGGAGCGCAAACCGGAUGUGAUCCUGCCUUGUACUCAUGCCUACUGCCUCCCCUGCAUAGAGCAAUGGUGGGAAUAUGCUAGACCUACCUCACAAGAAUGUGCCUCCUCCUCCUCUUCCUCCUCCUCCACCACCAGUCUUGUGUACCCAGUGUCAGUGGUGGAGAAGACCUGCCCCAUGUGCCGUGAGUCCCUGGAGAGCACUGAUGACACCUGGGUGCUCUCUGAGGCUCCAGACUCUGAUCAAGUUAAUGAGGAGAUCCGCAAGACACUCAUCAGCCUUGCAGGCACUGAGGGUGAGGCUUCCACUUAAAGAUCUGACCCAUGAAGAGGAAGGAAGACAGGUGACAUGUCUAACCUGUCAAAGCUUCACCUCAGACAUUCAUCACUGUAGCAGAUACUGGCAGGUGUGAGGCUUUUACCAAGGGAAGGUGGAAGGAUGGAUGUUUGAUGACUUCCUUCCUGCUGCUGCAGCUCCACCUUACAUCAGCUGGUCCACACCUUCACUUCUUCAUGCUGGUCUUCAAACUCCCAUUCUGGAUUGAGGUUUGCUUCUUGUAUGUCAUUUAUUUCCUGAAGACUUACUGACAAUAAGGAAUUCCAGAGCAUUUUUCACUCUGUCAUUGUCCAAAUUAUGUACUGUAGUUAAUUUCUCCAAGAACACUCAGCUCAAUAAACUUUACAGCUAUGUCUAUGGGUUUCAAAAUGUUGAAUGUGGCUUAAAUAAUUUUGCUCAUGAGAGAUGCUUUUAUCUAAUUUUUAUGUAAACUUUGCCAAUUCUUGCAGAUGCAAGGUGACAAAAAAAAAAUUAGGAAAACUAACAAUAUCUAUCUAUCUAUCUAUCUAUAUAUAUAUAUAUAUAUAUAUAUAUAUAUAUAUAUAUAUAUAUAUAUAUAUAUAUAUAUAUAUAUAUAUAUAUAUAUAUAUAUAUAUAUAUAUAUAUAUAUAUAUAUAUAUAUAUAUAUAUAUAUGUUUCGUUAUGUUUCACCAUUAUAACCUGAGGAGAAUAUCAAGGCUUAUAAUAAAUCUUCAUAUCUCAAAGACAAAUGGUCUGUUUUGCAUAAUAUAUAUCCCUCAUAUCAACUUUAUAAGAGUGAUACAUAUAGGACAACCCUGACAAAUUGUUAUUUUGAAACCCAUCUGACCUAGAGGUCAAAACUUUGUGCUUUAUAUCUACAUAUGAUUAGUUAAUGUUGGAGGCCAGCAGUUUCAGUAGAUGAUGUAUGUAUUUCAGAGUUUUCACUUAGUUGUGGACAUUCAUUAAGUCACUCCACUCCAAGACUAAAAAACCUGAAGGAAGUAGGUUUUGCUUUAGAUUAGUUUUAUUUAUAGGACACAGCAUGUGGCAUUACAUGUAAUAUAUGUAGUGAUGUGUAGCUUUUUCUUAAUAUUGUCUGGAUAAGGGAGAAGGAACCUGAGGAGGAGUAGAGGUAGCGUGUGCAGCCUGCCAACAGCAUCCCUGCCACUGAGUGGUUUGGGGAGCAGCAGGCCAAGCUGCUGUAUCAUGAGGCUCAACAUUUCCAUGUACUAUGGCAUCUAAGUCAGUAGCAAAAAUGUGCUACACUGUAGUGAUAAUGCUUUUCCAGUGCUUAUUACUGUUACUGGGCAUUGAGCAUAUUUAAAUCUAAUUUGUUUGUGGUAUUCAUAAUGGUGUGAUACUUUAUAACAAACCAAGUCAGUAUUCAGUACUUUCAUACAAAAUACCCAUAUAUUUACAUCUUGGAAAGCAUCACUACCACUAUUGUGCCCGGUGGUUAUAUCCUUUGUUUCUUAGCUUUAUUACAUGAAUUAAAAUCUUGGUGGUGUGCUACAAAGUGAUGUUGGCAACCUAGUCUGCCUGACUGGCAGACUUGUCUUGAGUGCCCAAGCCUCACUAGAUUUACAAGUGGAUUACUGAGUGCAUUGUUGUGGAAGAUAUUUAUCUGUAGUAUCUCAUUUUAAUACCACAUCUAGCUAUAACAGAAGCAACAGCUGAGUAUGGAAAAGGGAUAUUCAUGAGCAGGUAAUUUUAUUGUAUGUCUUUGCUGGUUCUGGGCUCUGUAAUGGUUUCCAGUUUGUUGACUUAGUAUAUUUAUAUAUUUGCUAUAGACUAUUCGAGUUUCUACAUAAUCAGAGGUGUGGGGCAUCAAGAAAGCAUGUUUGCUCUUUCACUCUGUGAAUACAGAUGGACAUUCUUUAAUUUCCAUACAGGUCAGCAUUAUGCAAGUUAGUUGUGCAGACCUCAGGAGUGUACUCAGACCUAUAUAGUUGAUGCUAUUAAAAGUCAAGGAAAAUCU